AAAGAAGCUUUGAAAAGAGCUAGCAGAGCAUUAAAUGAACUUACAGGAUACAAUCAUAUUGAACUUGUGAAACACAAAGUACAUGAGCAAGCUCAGGCAUUUGAGGCAACCCGAGAUAGUGUACAGUUAGCAAAAAGAAGCUAUGAGACUGCAAUAGAGACUCGAUCAAGCACUCAGCGUGAAAUCAAUGAACUUCUCCAACGCAAACAUCUUUGGACAGGAGACGAUGUUACCCGUUUUACAGAACUGUAUCGCCUUGAGCACGAACAUUCACGGGCAGAAAUCAACACCAAGGAGUUAUACCGUCAAGCCGAAAAGCAAAUGGACCGAGAAUACAUGGCACUUGCACGCUCAAUUAUGGAAAGAUACCAUGAAGAACAGCUGUGGAGUGACAAGAUUCGAAGUGUCAGUACUUAUGGUACAUGGGCUCUCAUGGUAGUCAAUCUGCUACUAUUUGUAGCCGUCCAGACUGUCUUUGAACCACGAAAACGCAAGCGGCUAACAGAUCAAUUUGAAGAAUUGCUGGUCGCUAAGGUUGAUGAAGAAGAAGCCAAGAUUAUGUCGGUCUUUGAUAAA